AGAGAGAGAGAGAGAGAGAGAGAGAGAGAGAGAGAGAGAGAGAGAGAGAGCGCUUCAAUCUUAUCCCUCCACUCUGCCAUACACAGUGGACUAACCCUGGACACACUGAGCGGAGGAGUGGUCUAGGAGCCAUGACAGGAGGUUUGUUCCUGACACUGUGCACCCUGUUACUGGUCCAGGCUGUCUCCUCCUGCCCUAAGGAGUGCGGGUGUGACAAUAAUGCCAAGGUGGUGGACUGCAGAGGACGGGGCUUAUAUGACAUUCCGCACAAACUCCAUCGAGACACGCUGGAGCUACAUCUUCAGGACAACCACAUACGAGGCAUUGGGUCCAUGGCUUUUCGGGAAACGCCAUAUCUCCGUGUUCUGGAUCUGGCCAACAACAGCAUCACUAUGGUUUCUCCUAGUGCUCUACUAGGACUAAGGAGCUUAAAUACUCUCAUUCUGGCCAACAACACUAUCCGGGAGUUGGAUCGGCGUUUAUUGGGCUCAAUACGCAAUUUAACCCACUUGGAUCUGUCUCACAACAACAUAGUAGGGCUGCCUGGAGCAUUGGCUGAUAGUUUCCACCAUCUAACACACUUUUCUUUGCACUAUAACCGGCUGACCAAGCUGGACCGCACUCACCUGGAGGCCCUUGGAAACCUCCAGGUGCUGCACCUGGCGAGUAACCCCUGGAAGUGUGAUUGUAACAUGAUAGGGCUUAAGCUAUGGUUGGAAACAUUCACAUUUAAAGGUGGUGUGGUGGACGCUGUUCCGUGCCAUGAGCCGUACGCCAUGCGCAAUCGUGACCUUCGCAGCGUUCCUUACGAGCUCUUCCACUCCUGCAUGAGCACCAGCUACAACUACUUGUUUGCCAACAUCCAGCACAUGGAAAGACAGCAGCGGUUGCUUCGUGGUGUCCCAUACCCAAGCCUGGAUGCUCCGGUUGAGCAGGAACCGGAGUGCGAAGCCAAGCCAAAACCACGACCCAUUAACCUGCGCCACGCCAUAGCUACAGUGAUCAUCACCGGCAUUGUGUGUGGAGUUGUGUGUCUCAUGAUGCUGGCUGCUGCUGUGUACGGCUGUGCCUACGCCGCUGUCAUGGCUAAAUACCAGCGGGAGCUAAAGAAACGCGAAGAGGAGGCUGGGAGAAUGGAAAAAGAGAACUCAGAGAACAAGGAAGGGGCCAAAGAGCUACGGGAAAAUGCCAUAGCAUGAAAAAAAGAGUAUUAUGAGAGAGUAAGAGCAAUGCAAUAAUACUCAUACCUCGCCCAGGGAUAUUACACAGCCAAGCCUCUUGCAUGGCAAACUCUUACAAAGUUGUAAAAUAGAGCUAUACACAUACUUAGGGAUCUGGAUGGGUUUUAUUACAAUUCAAGGAUUUAUCAACUAUUGCCGAUAUCUUAUCAGAUGGACAAACCUGAUUUCUGCUUUGUCAUCUACUCUAUCAAUGAUUUCAUACUGUACAGUGUCCUCUAUAAAGGGGGAAGAGAAACAGAAGAGAAGUUAUAUGUUUUAUAAUGCAGUACAGCCACAGUACAGUAUAUUGGCAUCCUUAAUGAAAAUGGACUAAAUGAGUGUGUUAACAUGAACUCACAUUUUUAAUUCGUACAAGCAGAGAAACAGGCUACCUCUGAAAACAAGUCAGUCUCGUCUCCUUUUUGUAAAAAACAGUAUUUUUACUACUGAAUAUAUCAUUUAAUAUCAUAUCAAAUAAUAUAUUUUUCUCCCUCUUUCUUUAUUCUUUGGAAAAAUAUAAAUCAUAAUGCCACAGCAGAAUCUGGGUAAUCUACUGAUGUUACGGAAUUUCUUUGGUGUAUAAUUAAUCCAUCCAUUACUAUGAAAAAAAUCCGCGAUACAAAAAAGCGAAAAUAAUUAAGGCCUAAACAGAGAAAUCUGCCAAUAAUUGAAUGCAUGUUGCCCACAUACACAGUGUGGAGGAUGGUAAUGUAGGCAACAAAAAGAAGAAGCUGAAGAUCACAUUUACAGAACUGCACAGUAUAUUUAACUCUGGGGGUUGUCAAGUUCCAAAACCAGUUAUUGCACGCAACCAUCAAAUAAUUUGAUUGAAAGAUGGAAGCCUUUCCUAAAAGCAAUGACAGAUUUAUCAAGUGCAAAAGGAACUACAACUAAAUUGUGUCUCAAUGAUGGGGAAUGUAUUUAAGAAUCCUGAAUCUUCCAGAUCUUUGAAGAAGACACUGGUAGCAAACAUGGCGUCCAAAUCAAAAGAGAAUCUGUUGUGAUAAUGUGUAUUGUAUAGGAUCAGAGUUUGGUAUUGACCAUCUCAGUCCAAACUUAAACCCUACUGAAUAACAAAAUAUUAUUCAGCUAUACAAUACAAUACAAUACAAUACAAUACAAUACAAUACAGUAUUAUGUCUGUAAUAUUACAGAUUACAGAAACACUAAUCUAAUAGAUGGUUGUUCAGUGGUUAAGGCAUUUGAGUUUGGAUCGGAAGGUAACAAGUUAAAAUCCCAGCACCACUGAACUACCACUGCUGGGUCCUUGAGCAAGGCCCUUAACCCCUUAAUUGCUCAGUUGUAAGUUGCUCUGAAUAAGUGUAUCUGCCAAAUGGCAUAAAUAUAAAUACAAAUGAAAUAGUCCAAAAUCUCCAGCCAUGGUAACCAUAAGGCAUCAAGCUGAUUAACAAUAAUUAAUAAUAAUAAUAAUUAUAAUAAUAAGCUCUCGAAAUAUCUAUUGCAUGUCAUAUAACUACACACAUGCUCAUUUUUAUAAAGGGUGCCAAUAAUUAUAGACCUGGCUGUAUGCUGUAAGAUACAAUAUAGCCAAAGAUACUGGAUACAUAUCAACAAGCUCUAACUAUUUGGAGGUAUAUUAUAUAUAUAUUUUGUCUAAUGCAAGUGCAUUUAAUUAAAAAGAUGCAAAUUUUGAAUAUAACAGUGGUUUCAAAGCGUCUCCAUUUAGGGUUCGGUUGUACUGUUUAUUAUCAGGUUAAGUAGGCAGCUUCAACUAUGCAUACGUCGUUGUUUUCAUGCAUGUGCGUGCUGUACUGUACCUCAUCAACCUUUGGAACUCGUUACCAUUGACUAAUAUUGGUAGAGUGAUUAGAGUUUGGUUUUAAAACUAUUUGCAGUUUGCACAAGAAAAAACCUCACAGGCAGAGGCAGAUCACACUCAUGCAUAUGGAUGUGGAAGGGGGUGUAAAGAGCAAAGGGGCUCUUAUAUAACACAAGGCACACAGACACCCACACACAGGCACAUGCGAAAGAGAGACACAUACACACAUACACAAUCAAAUAAGACAUGAUGCGUUCAGGAAAAAAAAAUACGAGAGCCAGCAAACGAGGCUGCUCAGAGUCUUUUGCUGCCACACACACACACACACACACACACACACACACACACACACACACACAAAUACAUGCUUCAGUUGCCCUGGGAGUGUGAUGUCAUCAGCUUGUCGGCUUGUGUUAGUCCUAGCAAAUGCUCACGAGGUGAAAGCUCAUUGGGGCAGUCUAUAAACUCAAGCUCUGACUGGCUAGUGUGUGUGUGUGUGUGUGUGUGUGUGUGUGUGUGUGUGUGUGUGUGUGUGUGUGCGUUCGUGCGUUCGUUUAUGUUUAUAUGUAAGCUCCUUACCCUUUACUCUUGCUCUCAGUCCUAUCUCAGCAUCAAAUCAUUUGCAGAAUAUGUUGUAAAGUAAACCUUAAAGCUUCAUGACAAGCAUUAAUAUGUUUCUAUUUUUAGAAUGGAACACCAUGAACAGCUUGUUUCCUUCCCAUGACUGAACGAAAAACCAACUUUGAGGAAAUAUCUUUCUUCAUUCCUUCUUCCUUCUAAUACGUACACUUCGGUAAAACAAUGUACUGACUGUAGCUGUAUCUAUUUAUCAGUCCCAAAUGCCACCCCCUUUAUAAUAACCAUCAAUGGAAAUAGGAAACCAUGAAAUACAUUUGGGGCGAUGGACCAUUCUCAUUCUCAGCACAGCAAUUAUGUGAUAUUUUGGUGUGUCAUGUACUGGUUUGAAUGCAUCAGGAAGAGCAACACUGCUGGAAUUUUAA